UGGCGUUUUACGUCAACCGGCGACUCCUCUCGAGCCCACGCGAUCUUUGGUGCGACGUCACUGCCGUCUGCCCGAACAAACAUGGCGAACAUUCGGUGCGUCAAGGGUAUGGUCGGCCUGGUGACGGGCGGUGCUUCUGGUCUGGGCCGGGCCACCGUGGAGCGCCUGGUGCAGAGCGGAGCGUCCGCCGUGAUCCUGGACCUGCCCUCCUCCGAUGGACGAGCUCUGGCAGCCAGUCUGGGAGACCGCUGUGCCUUCGCUCCUGCAGACGUUACGUCGGAGGCGGAGGUGCAGUCAGCGGUGUCCCUGGCCAGAGAGCAGUUCGGGAAGCUGGACCUGGUGGUUAAUUGCGCCGGCAUUGCCGUGGCCGUCAAAACCUACAACUUUAAGAAGGACCUUCCUCACAGCCUGGAGGACUUCCAGCGUGUCAUCAACGUGAAUAUUGCAGGAACCUUUAACGUGAUCCGCCUCGCUGUGGGUGAGAUGGGGAAGAACGAGCCGGAUGCAGAUGGACACAGAGGCGCCAUCAUUAACACAGCCAGCGUGGCAGCCUUCGACGGACAGGUCGGCCAAGCGGCUUAUUCGGCUUCUAAAGGCGGCAUCGUCGGAAUGACCCUCCCCAUCGCCCGAGACCUGGCCCCCAUGGGCAUCAGAGUCGUCACCAUAGCGCCCGGUCUGUUCUCCACUCCUCUCCUGGCUGGCCUUCCAGAGAAGGUGCGCUCCUUUCUCGCCCGCCAGGUGCCCUUCCCCUCGCGCCUGGGAGACCCCGCUGAGUUUGCUCACCUGGUGACAUCACUGGCCGAGAACCCCAUGAUUAACGGAGAGGUCAUUAGGCUGGACGGCGCCAUUCGCAUGCAGCCCUGAGACGGACUCUGUGUGUGUGUGUGUGUGUGUGUGUGUGUGUGUAUGUGUAUGUGUGUGGCUUCCUGGUGUAUUACGUUGUAGAAAGCUGCAUACAGUAAAAACAAAAACCGUUUUGUGCGCGAGGCUGUGAAAGUGUGUAAAAAUGAGACUGUACUUCAUUCAGGACAUUGCAGAACUUUGUGGACUCAACUUUGGUUGUUUUCUAUGCUAAUCCGGAUUAUAAUAAACCACUGAUGGGUUU